UACUUCCCUCGGAUCUCGAGACUUGUAUCUUCGUCUUGAUCAAUUGCAUCAAUACACACACACACACACACAGAGAGAGAGAGAGAGAGAGAGACGGAGAGAGAAAGGCAGAAACGCACGACAUACAUAUAAGCGCAAGACGUAGCCAUGACGGCUCCCGAUAGCUACGCAUCGGGCCGCAAGGCGGCGCGGUGCCAAGACAACGGCUUCUCCAAGCACGACGCCGAGAAGGGCGCCGCCGAUGCCCACCUGCUCAACACCACGGUGCAGAACAUCUCCUGGAGCGGCAUCGAGGUCACAGUCAAAGACAGAGAGACGAAGCAGCCCAAGAACAUCGUCCACCGAGUCGACGGCCUCGUCAAGGCAGGUGAGAUCUGCGCGCUCAUGGGCCCCUCGGGGUGCGGCAAGACGACUCUCCUCAACGUGCUCGCCGGCCGCCCGACCAACGCCGCCUCUGUCGGCGGCGCCGUCCUCGUCAACGGCUCCAAGGCCUCGCGCGCCGACUUCCGGCUCAUCAGCCGCUUCGUCGAGCAGGAGGACGCCCUCAUCGGGUCCCUGACCGUCCGCGAGACGCUGCUCUUCACCUCGCGCCUCGCGUCGUCCUCGCUUCCCGCCCGGGAGCGCGCCGCCCGCGUCGACGGCCUGCUGACCGCCUUCGGCCUCGAGGACCAGGCCGACGCCCUCAUCGGCACGCCCCUCCGCAAGGGCAUCUCGGGCGGCCAGAAGAGGCGCGUCGGCGUCGCCAGCCAGCUGAUCACGGGCCCCAGGAUCCUGUUCCUCGACGAGCCGACGAGCGGGCUCGACUCGGCCGCGAGCUUCGAGGUCAUCAGCUACCUAAGCAAGGUUGCUAAACGGAACAAUCUCAUCGUCAUCGCGUCCAUCCACCAGCCCUCGACGUCGACCUUCAACCUCUUCGACAAGCUGCUCCUCCUCUCCGGCGGCAAGACGCACUACUUUGGCCCCGUCGACGGCGUGGCCCCCCACUACGAGGCCCUGGGCAUGCCGAUCCCGCUGCAGGUGCACCCGGCCGAGCACGUACUCGAGCUGGUCAACACCGACUUCGCCCGCGACAAGCAGCGGGCCGCGGAGCGCCUCGAGGCCAUGCAGGCGGCGUGGGACGCCUCAACCGCGGCCGGGGACCUGCGCGCGGCCCUCGCUGACGUCGAGGAGCGGCGGCGGCGCAACAAAAACAACAACAACGGCGACGCCGUCGUUGUCGGCGAGGAGACGGAGCCGAGACCCGGCACGGCGGGCCUCGUGGUGACGCUUCUGCACCGCGGCUUCGUCAAGAGCCGCCGCGACGUCGUGGCGUACGGCAUCCGCCUCGCCAUGUACGUAGGGCUCGCCCUCAUGAUGGGCACGGUGUGGGUGCGGCUGCCGGCGGAGCAGGCGUCCAUCAUACCGCUGACCAACGCCAUCUUCUUCGGCGGCGCCUUCAUGUCCUUCAUGGCCGUCGCCUACGUCCCGGCCUUCCUCGAGGACCGCGGCCAGUACGUCAAGGAGCGCCGCAACGGCCUGUGCGGCCCCGCGGCGCUGCUCGCCGCCAACUUCCUCCUCGGCCUGCCGUACCUGUUCCUCUUCGCCCUCGUCUUCUCCGCCGUCUCGUACUGGCUCUCCAACUUCCGGCCCGCCGCCGACGCCUUCUUCGUCUGGGUCCUCUGGCUCUUCCUCGACCUGCUGGCGGCCGAGGGCCUCGUCGUCCUCUUCGCCUCGCUGUUCCCGAGCUUCGUCGUCAGCCUCGCCCUCGUCGCCUUCGCCAACGGCCUGUGGAUGAGCGUCAACGGCUUCAUGGUGCCGCCGACGAUCCUCAACGCCUUCUACCGCUACGUCUUCCACUACUGGGACUACCAGAAGUACGUCUUCGAGGGCAUGAUGCGCAACGAGUUCGCACACAGGACCUACGCCUGCGCCGAGGGGUGCCAUUGCAUGUACCAGACGCCGCUGGCCGCCGAGUGCAGGAUCGCCGGGCAGGGCGUUCUCGACACGUACGGCUACACCGAGGACCACUUCGGGAGGAACGUCGGCAUCAUGAUCGCCAUCAUUGCCGGGUACCGGAUCGCUGCGUGGGUUGUGCUCAAGCUCAAGAAGAGCUGAGCUGGGUCCUGCCGUCGGCCGGUUCCGUGGGUGGGUGGCGUACGAUUUCCGUCUUGCCCGAGAUGUCGCUAUAUAGCAUUUGAAUGUCACUCUUCGCAUCUUAAGGGCGUGCUCUGUUGGCAAGGAAGCGUGGGACGGGUUAGCUGGGUAUCGGUAGAUUGAUAUUACAUCGUACAUAGAACAUACAGACGGGCAUAGAUAGCAAUGACCCCAUUGCAUAAAAUACAUGAAAAAGCGCCCGGCCCCAUACAACACAGACAUGCCUGGCCCCUUCAUCUAAGCCUCGUCCUUUCGCUUUUUAAGCCAGCCAGAGUGAGCGAUACAUAAAAAAAAAAAAAAAAAAAAAA